UUGUUUUCGUGCUAGAGUACUUAUUGCAUGAAAAUAUUCUGUUUUGAUUAGUGCGUUUCCAUCUAUCUUCAGAAAUACACCAAUCAGAACAGAGUAUUUCCAUCCAGCAAGCAAUCUAGCACGAAACAAGCGUCGUGUACUGCUGGCUUCAAUGUAGAAGGCCUAUAAUAGUGAAUUCCUCGAACGCACUCCAAUUUACACGAGAAAAAGAAUAAUUCAUUCGGUAAAAUGGCGACUACCGUUAACGGAGUGUUUCACAAAGAAUUGCGUGAUGCAAUUUUACGUAGUAAAGUGCUUAUUGUGGGAGCCGGCGGCAUUGGCUGCGAGAUCCUGAAAAAUCUCGUUAUGUCUGGGUUCGCCGAUAUCGAAAUCAUUGACUUAGAUACGAUCGAUGUAAGCAACUUGAAUAGACAAUUCCUUUUCCAAAAAAAACAUGUGGGAAAGUCGAAAGCUAGUGUAGCUUGUGAAACAGCACUAACAUUCAAUCCAGAUACAAAAGUAAUCCACUAUCAUGACAGUAUUAUGUCAUCAGACUUUGGCUUAUCCUUUUUUAAGAAAUUCACAGUGGUUUUAAACGCUCUUGAUAACAGAGCAGCUAGGAACCAUGUGAACCGUAUGUGCUUAGCAGCAGAUAUACCAUUAAUUGAAUCUGGUACUGCAGGUUAUGAGGGCCAGGUUGAGCUUAUCAAGAAAGGUUUGAGUCAGUGUUACGAAUGCACACCUAAGGCUGCACAAAAAACUUAUCCUGGUUGUACUAUCCGCAAUACACCCAGUGAACCUAUUCACUGCAUAGUGUGGGCUAAGCAUCUUUUCAAUCAAUUAUUUGGAGAAGAAGAUCCUGAUGAAGAUGUUUCUCCAGACACAGCAGAUCCUGAAGCAGCUGAUGCAGCAGGUGAGAUGGCUUUACAAGCAGAAUCAAAUGACAAAGGCAACAUAGAUAGAGUUUCUACACGAGUUUGGGCUCAGUCUUGCAAUUACGAUCCAGAGAAACUAUUUACAAAAUUGUUUCAUGAUGAUAUCAAAUAUUUAUUAAGCAUGGAUAAUUUGUGGAAAAAGCGUAGACCACCAACGCCAUUGGAUUGGAAGGAAUUGCCAGAUGGAGUUGCUGGUUGCAGUAAAGAUAUUACCCAGCCAGGUUUAAAGGAUCAACAACGUUGGAGUAUUUCUAGGUGUGGUGCAGUUUUUGCAGAAUCUGUGAAAAGUUUGAAUAAAUCGUUAACAGCGUCACAAGAAAAUUCGCCGGGUAAUCAUCUGAUUUGGGAUAAAGAUGAUCAGCAUGCCAUGGAUUUCGUCGCAGCAUGUGCCAAUAUUCGUGCGCACAUUUUCGGAAUUGCUCAGAAAACCAGAUUCGAUAUCAAAUCGAUGGCAGGAAACAUCAUACCAGCGAUUGCUACUACUAAUGCUAUCAUUGCGGGCCUAGUGGUUCUUCAUGCUUUUCGAGUUUUGGAAGACAAUCUGCGAGCCUGCAGAUCUGUCUACCUACGUUUGAAAAUGAACCAUCGCAAUCAGCUGCUAGUGCCAGAAAAAGCGGUAAAUCCGCCCAAUCCUCGAUGCUAUGUUUGUGCGCCUACUCCGCAGGCUGUGUUAGCGGUCGAUACUUCCACUAUGACUAUUAAAGAAUUGGAAGAAUUGGUAUUGAAAAGUCGACUCAAUAUGAUCGCCCCUGACGUCAUGAUCGACGGUACUGGUGCUGUCGUUAUCAGCAGUGAAGAAGGCGAGACUGAAGGAAACAACGACAAGAGAUUAGAGGAGUUGGGCAUUAAGGAUGGGACGAUACUCAAAGUUGACGAUUUCCAGCAGAAUUACUUCCUUACUGUUUUUGUGGUUUAUAGAGAGAAACCUGGCCCAAAAGACGAUAGUCCACAAUUUUUAAUACUGUCUGAUAAGGAUGCGCUUGAACCGAAACCUCAAGAAAAAACCGAAGAAAUAGAAAUUGAGAAACCUUCGAAUGGUCAGGCGAUCGAAGUGUUGGACACGAAAAAACGCAAAAAUGAUGCAACGGAAGAUGGAGUAGUGGCCAAGAAACGCAAGAUAGAAAUUAAUGAUGUAGAUGAUAUUGACGACAUUUGCAUUAUCGAGAACAAUGAUGUACAUCAUGAUGCUACAUCCGAACUGAAAAAUUCGAAGAAAAUGAAGUCUUCCGAAGAUCUGGAUUGUUUGAUAGUAUAUGAUGAUAAGAAUAGUGAUUGAUUUUGAGAAUAAAAAAUAAAUAUAUCUUUACUAAUAAAAAAACGAUAAAUUCGAGGAAAAACUUAAGAUAUAGACCUAAAACUUAAAAGAAUACAAUAUAAAAGUUGAUAGAUAUUUAGGUCAGAAAAGAAAGGUAAAAAGAAAAAAAAUCAAAAGAGACAAAAUGAAGAUAUCCUAUACUUAAUUUAUGUAAAUAGGUAUAGGACAAAGAAAAAGAAA